UUAACUAGGAGAUACUGUGGGCAGAGCUGCAAAUCCAUUUUCAUCCCAUUGGACUGAUCAGACUAUAUCUAGUUAAGUAAUACCUUUGCUUUUAAUAUAAGAAUUGGGUGGAAAUUGAUUAAGGAGAAGAAAACUAGUACUACCAAAACAGUGAGCCAUCAGUUUUAGAAAAGUCCAUGAAAAGAGCAGAAAAAAUGAAGGAGGCUUGUGGAGUGAAAAUUAUUCUGUUUCUGCUAUUUGUUCAAACGUGGCUUGUCGAAAAUACUGGUCCCACAUUUCCUGGAAAGCCAGUGUUGCUCCGUUGCAGAUCACCAGAAAAAGAAACUUUUGCUUGUUGGUGGCAGCCAGGUUCUGAUGGAGGACUUUCUACUAACUACUCUUUGUAUUACACCAUGGAGGGAUCCCGGGAAAAUUCAGUCCAUGAGUGCCCUGAUUAUAAGACUGCAGGUCUAAACUCCUGUUAUUUCAACAAAACCUACACAUCUCUUUGGAUAACAUACACUAUCAGUGUUGUUGCGCAGAAUGCAUUGGGGAGCAAUUCUUCAGAUCCUGUGUUUGUGGACGUAGCUUACAUAGUUCAGCCGCACAAACCUGAGAACAUCUCAGCAGAACUGAGGACCCAGGACCAGAAACCCUAUCUGAUGGUGAAGUGGGACCCCCCCCACAAGGCUGAUACAAAGUCUGGCUGGAUCACCCUUCAGUAUGAGCUCCGUCUGAAGCCAGAGAAAGGAGCAGAAUGGGAGUCCCACUAUGCUGGCCAGCAAAAGCAGUUCAAUGUGUUUAGUUUACAUCCCAGGGAAGUGUACCUGGUGCAGGUUCGCUGCAAACCAGAUCACGGAUUCUGGAGUGAAUGGAGCUCCACUUCUUACAUAGAAAUACCUGACUAUUUCAGGCCAAGAGACACUUCAUUGUGGAUUUUGAUUGCUGCCCCAUCUGUGUGUAUUUUUCUGAUCCUAGCUUGGACCGUUGCUAUAAAGUGUAACAGUAUGAAGAGUUAUCUAUUUCCACCAGUCCCUGGGCCAAAGAUUAGAGGAUUCGAUACCCAGCUGCUGAAAAGUGGAAAAUCUGAAGACCUGUUAAAUGCUCUAGGCUGCCAAGGUUUCCCUCCAACGCCAGACUGUGAAGACAUGCUGGUUGAGUUUGUAGAAGUAGAUGACAGUAAUGAGCAGAAACAGGUGAUGAAUAAAGGAGAGGAUGAUCUGGAAGGAAGAGUGAAAUCUAGUGGCAACGAGGUAGAUAAUGACUCCGGACGAGGGAGCUGCGACAGUCACACUCUCCUCCUUGAGGUGUCUAAUUCCAGCAAGAAAACUUCUGCACAGGUUGGAGACAACUCCAACAACAAGGGAAGUAUCAGGCUUUCUCGGAAAAGUAGCGCCAAUGGAAGACUGCUCAAUUUUGAGACGGCAGGCGAAAAAACAAACACUUGGCCAACAGCCAAAUUAUCUUUUCUCCUGGCUCGGCAACGAUCCUAUCACAACAUAUCUAAAAUCCACAGAGAGGCAUACUCUUUCGGGAACAACGCUGACAUGCAUGGAAACACAAGCACUGCUCAAAGCAAAUCUAAGGAAUACAGGGAGUUGCACUCCACAGUUUCAGGAGACCAAAAGACACGGUUUGCCGAUGAGAAGCACAGCCCUUUACUGCCCUUCAAAGCAAUGGAGUACGUUGAGGUUCAAAAAGUUAACGAGCAGAGCAUGCUGAUACUAACGCCAAAAACUGAAGAAGGACACAAGAGUGUACCCCCAGAAUACAUGGGGCAGGAAUACACAAAAGUGAGUGGAGUCGUCAGUGACAGGGUUCUGCUGUUGCUAAGGGAUACAGGAGCCCAGGGUACAAGCGACACCCAGGAAGGGAAAAACGUAGCAUCACACCCCAGCCUUCAAUGUCAGGUUGGGAAAAUGGUGGGCACUUCUCCAGCACUAGAGGGCAAGCAGUUGGCAGCAUCUGGCUAUGUAGACCCAGCUGCUGCCCUGCAGUCAUUUUAAAUAACUUUUCACUUUAAGCUUACUCUACCAGUAGCCAGUACUGUUCUUUUGAAAUAGUGUUCUGAAAACUCAAGAACUUGUCUGAAAGAAAGGGAAAUACUGUAGUACUUUUAAAAAGAUUGGGGGGGGGGGAGUUAAAUAAGUAGAGAAGCAAUGCUGUAAAGCCAAAUGUUUUGACACAUUUUCCCGAAUCGUAUUUUGUAAUUGAAAACUGUUAAUUUAGUGUGUAUAAAAUUUACAUUUACUCCAUACUCUACUCACUUUUGCAGGGAUGAUGGGAUUUACUUCCUGUAUGGUGGCUGUCCAUUUUGUUUGUUUUGUCACAUCAAUGAUGGAAAGAGCACUUUGCUGAGCUUACAAGUUUCAAGGAUGUCUUUUAAGAAAGAUAAUAUUGGGACCAUGAAACAUACAAGCUGCUGUUGCAAUCAAGAGCGUUCUUGCAUAGUCAGGAGUGAUAUAUUUGUAAUAUCUGUCUAUUCCAACCCUUUAGUUUACCACAGUAUUUUGACACUAUAUUUCUGCAGUCUUCCCAUGCUUAUACUAUGCAUUUACCGAGGUUUGGCAUGUUUAUUACAAUGUUUUACCAUACCUUGCUGCUCUUUACAUUGAUUUAUCGUGUUUUCACUAAGUUUUAUUACACUUUGAUAUGCUUUUUCUAUGGCACACUUAUAAAAGGAACCAACCACUCAUACAAACAAUGUCACGUUUUGAAAAAAUAGUAAACCGUAUAUCAUUUUAUUUUGCUGGUUUCAAAGAAAUAUGUCGUCAUAUUACAUAUUACAAGUUCUUUUUGUGAGAGGCUGUCAGCACCAUCUUGGCACCAUUUAAAACCUUGACAGGCAUAAUGUCUUCAUGUGGCUGUAAAAGUGUAUCACAUUAUUUGUAAAAACAUUAGGUUUUUUUGUCGUUGUUUUUUUGAAAAAUUUAACCUUUUAACCGAAAUAAGUCACUGCACUGCUUCCUAAGUCGUCGCCCCCCCCCCCCAGAUAUGUACAUCUAUUAGACAACAAGCGUUACAAAAAUGUGUCUAUUGUAUGUGUAGUUAUAUAAAUAAUGUUGUGUUUUGUUGGUGAUGUGGUAUAGUUUUCAUACACAGUGUAGCUUUAUUUGUACAAUAUUUGUUCUAGUGUUUAUAUGCUGGGACACUGAUCUAGCACAGACAAUUGGUAAUUCAUGGGCCAAGCUUUUUGAGUGUUUUCAAUGUAAAGUAGACGUAAUUACUUUCACAAUACUGCAGCUCAUAUGUUGUAUCCACUCAUAACUUUUUGAGCUCUUAGAAUGAUUUAAUAAAUAAUAACAAUGUGAAA